UUAUAUUUUUUUAAAUACUCUCCCAACCCAUGCAUUCAGAUGUAAAUGACACCACCAUUCCACUAUGCCAUGUUAGCCAAAGGGGUAUCAAAACACUGCAGUUAUCGGUCUUCCAUGGUUAGACAUUUUUUUCCGCUUUGACAUCGUACAAAUGACAGCAAGCAGCAGUGGUGGUGGUCGUUGCAGUUUUCUCUGUUAAUUUUUCGUACAAAUUUUAAGUUAAAUAAAUAAAUCGUUUUGAAAACUCAAAAAAUGCCUAUUGACGAUGACAGUGAUUUUGAAGAUGGAUCCGAAGUUGAGAAGCCAACAAUUACUCCACUUAAGCCAACUGCGACGCAAGAAACAGACGAAGAUGAACAAUUCGAUUUGGAUGACCUACUGCCGUCCAUUGGAGAAUUUGGCAAAUAUCAAAAAUUGCUGGUCUUUGGAAUAUGUCUUCCAGCUUGUAUACCAUGUGGUUUUUGUGCUUUCAAUCAACUUUUUAUGGCCGACACGCCCACGGAUUAUUGGUGUCGGGUACCAGAAUUACUUAACAUAUCAUCUGUGGAACAGAGAAAACAAUUGGCAUUGCCUCCAGAUAUGGAUCAUCACACCGGUGAACAUAGUAAAUGCUACAGAUAUGCGGUCAAUUGGUUACAACUUCUUGAAAAUACCACCAUUAAUGACUUGAAACCGGACCCAUCUUGGCCAAUUGAAAAAUGCCGAGAGGGUUGGGAAUACGAUACCACCGAAGUGUGGUCCUCGAUUGUAAUCGACUAUGAUUUAGUAUGUGACAAGGACAUUUAUCCCACAAUUGGUUUGGCAGCCCUAAAUGUUGGCGGCCCGAUUGGCGUGUAUUUGUUUGGUUUGUUAAAUGAUCGUGCCGGUCGGAGGACAUCGUAUUUCGUUUGUUUGGCCACAUUACUGAUCGGCAGUCAUACAUCGAUAAGCAAGGAUUUUUGGACAUGGGCUGGAAGUCGAGUUAUUGUGGGUCUAACCAUACCCGCUGUAUAUCAAAUUCCAUUUAUUAUAUCUCUCGAGCUGGUCGGAGAAAACUAUCGUUCAUUUGUAACCGUUAUGACGUGUACCUUUUACACCUCGGCUAUUAUGAUAUUAUCCGUUGUAACAUAUCUAGAAAGGGAUUGGGUUAAACUCUCCUACUACACCUCUGUGCCGUUCUAUGCUUAUUUUCUCUACCUAUUCAUUAUGCCCGAAUCACCGUGGCUACUGAUGAGAGGAAGACUUGAAGAAGCUCUAAAAAUUCUAGAGAAUAUGGCAAGGGUAAAUGGUCAUGAAUUUCCACCGGUUAUUAAAACCAAAUUAGAAGCUCAAAUUUCGCGUGACAAAUUAAAAGAGAAGAAGAAGCAUGUGAACGCUGGAGUUUCCGAUUUAUGCAGAACUCCCAAUAUGCGUUUGAAGACCCUGCUUAUUACCCUUAGUUGGUUUGCCAAUGAAACUGUAUAUUUGGGUCUAAGUUAUUAUGGCCCCCUCUUUGGGCAGCAAUCAUAUGUUAGCUUCUUUUUGUCGGCAGCUGUUGAGAUACCAAGCUACUUGGUAUGUUGGUAUCUCAGGAUACAUGGGGACGGCGGCUGGCCUUUGUCGUUAUCCAUGAUUUUGGGGUAAGUAUAUAUGAAGAGAAUUGAAUUAAUAGGAGUCAUUCUUCCGCAUGAUGCCGUUAGAUGCGCCUCUUAUAUUGUAUCGUAUAUUUCCAAGGCAUUGUUAUCCGCUUCCCUUUUGAUUAUCUAUCCUUUUUGCGGCGAACUUUAUCCCACACCCAAGUUCGGGAAGGUAUUGUAUUGGCCGUUUCCACGUUAUGUCGGUGGUCUAGGUCUUAUUGUUAUCACCUUUGUUACCUAUAUUGGUAAGGAGAAUCUCAAACUACCAUUGGUAAUAAUGGGUUUCAUGUCAAUGCUGGGCGGCAUUACAGGUUUGCGUUUGCCCGAAACCCUACAUCAUCGUUUGCCGCAAACCAUCGAGGAGGGCGAAGAAUUUGGCAAGGAUUGGACGAUCAAAAACUGUUGCAGCUGUAAGCCAGAAAUUCAAACCUUAACAUCUCAGCAGGCAUCCUAUGAAAAUCUAGAUGUCUUGGCAUCAAAUGCUGGGUCCGAUGUGAGUUGGAAAUGAAAACAUCCUCAGCUCGUCAUCGAAACGACAUUCGGUGCGUUCACGUCCCAAAUCGAUUAUCGAUGAACGUACCCCUUGGAUGUUAAUCGUCCCACUAGACCAUCAAUGCGAAGGCUGGUGCCGAUGAGUGUUAUGGAUACUCAGAGGACACAAGACGGAACUACAUUAACUCAUUGGAUAUGA